AUGGGUCAGAAGAAAAGUCGACAUUUAACAACACCUCAACUUGAAGAAGCUGUUAUUCGUCGUAUAACAAGGGCAACAUCAUUUUUACCUGAUGAAAUACAAUAUUUUUAUUAUGAUUUUCUUAAAUAUACUCCAACUGGUUAUUUAACAUUAGGUGAUUUUGAAAAAUUUUAUCAAACUUUAUUUCGUAAUGGUGAUUCAGAAAAAUUUGCUCAAUAUGCUUUUAAUGCAUAUGAUACAAAUCAUGAUGAUAUUGUUGAUUUCGAAGAAUUUAUUAAAGGUUUAUAUUAUACAACUAAAGCAUCAGCAAAUGAAAAAAUUCGAUGGGCAUUUGAUUUAUGUGAUCAAGACAGUGAUCAUCAACUUGAUACAACCGAACUUGAAAAUAUAAUUCAAGCACUUUAUGAAUUAUCUGAUGCUGAUAUGGCAAGAAUUGAAACAUAUGAUGAAGCAAUAACUCGUGUUAAACAAUUACUUUUAGCACAUCAAGAUAAUAAUACAAAUACUGAACUUCUUGAUUCAGUAACAAAAAGUGAAUUUAUUAAUAUUGUUCAAAGUGAUAAAACAAUAAUGAAAUUAAUUGAUUGUCAAUCAAGUUUAAAUAAACGUGCAAGUAAAAUUGAAAAUUCUACAAAUUUAUUUAAAAAACAAUUGAAAUUCAAAUCUCCAAGAAGUAAAUCAUUAUCAGAUCCAACAUUAGCAGCAAAAAAAUCGAAUUGA